AUGCGAAUCCCAGCAAUCAUGUCCAUGUCCUCCUCAAGGCUCGGGGGAUUCCUCCUCUCGGCGCAGCCCCUCGGUCGACGACAGCUCUCGACUGCGCCGCGGAAGACAGUCGCGCAGUUUUUGGACUGGAAACCCGAGACGGAAGUCAAGGAUGUCGUCCUCAACGGAUACGUCAGAUCUGUCAGGAACAUGAAGACGGAGCGCUUCGUCAACGUGGGCGAUGGCUCCUCCCGGACGCCCAUCCAGGCGCUGGUCCCGAGGAGCCAUGACGAAAGCGCAAACUUGCGAGUCGGUGCCGCAGUCCGCCUACGCGGGUCAUGGGUUCCCUCCAAGACGGAAGGCCAGAGUCACGAAUUGAAAACGUUUCCCAUCCAGAAAAAGUACCAGACGCCCGACUACCUCCGUACCAUGCCGCAUCUUCGUCCCCGAAUACCCUUGAACGCCGCCAUCUUGCGUCUGAGAUCGGAGGCCAUCGCCGUCUUGACUCAGUUCUUCGCCUCUCGGUCAUUUGUACAAACCCAUCCGCCCAUAAUUACAUCCUCGGACUGCGAAGGAGCAGGAGAGGUGUUCAAUGUUACCACGGGCUCCGCCGAGACAUCAACGACCCCAAUGAGUAGCGGCAAGGACAAGGCGGCAGGCAAUCUGUUCUUUCGUUCCCCCAAGUAUCUCACUGUCUCGUCGCAACUUCAUCUCGAGGCUUUGGCACAGUCGCUGGGUGACGUGUGGACCCUGUCCCCAACUUUCCGGGCGGAACGGAGCGACACCUCGAGACACAUGAGCGAGUUCUACAUGUUGGAAGCCGAAAUGAGCUUUAUUGACAGCAUGGACCAUGUCAUGGACCUCGUCGAGGACAUGCUCCGCAGCUUGGCCACGGGUCUAUACAAGACUCGGGCUGCACAGGAACUGCGCCAACGGCGAGAGUCUGGCCAAACCCGUACAGCCGAAGACGACCUCGUGCCGAUGGAGCAAGUGGAGCGUCGGUGGUUGGGGUUGAUGCAGAACCCAACCCUCAAGUGGCCGCGCAUCACCUACGCCGACGCCAUCAGGAUGCUUCAGGCAGAGCAAGGCCGGUUCGAGCACAAGCCUACAUGGGAAGGUGGUCUACAUUCAGAGCAUGAAAAAUUCCUCGCCAAAAGCCUUGGUGCCACCAACGACCCCGGCGCUUACUCCCCCGUCUUUGUCACCCACUAUCCAAGGGAGAUCAAAGCAUUCUACAUGCGAAGAUCGAACCCUUCAGCUAGCAUCUCUGAGAAGUCUGGUGACACGGUCGACUGUUUCGACCUGCUUGUACCUGACUUGUGCGAGAUUGCCGGUGGCUCCAUGCGUGAACAUCGUUUGGAACCCCUCUUGGAAACCAUGCAAGCCCGCGGAAUGGGCUCUCCAUCCGUAGAUGGACGUGGAAGCCAUUCCGGUGGCGAUCUGGACUGGUAUGUCGACCUCCGCCGUUGGGGCUCCAACCCUCAUGGUGGAUUCGGCCUGGGCUUCGACAGACUGCUCAGCUACCUCGUGGGCGUUCCAAACGUCAGAGACGUUGUGGCCUUUCCACGCUGGUUUGGCCGAUGCGACUGCUAA